CCAACCAAAACCAAGAAUUGCCCGUUCCAGUAUCAUAAUCGUUUCAGUAUUGGUAGAUCUGAAUUUGUUCUUUAAAAGAGACUGACCAGUGGUCCUUUUAAAGAUCGAAACCGGUUUGCUCCUUGCAAAAAGCAAAGGCGGCUUUAUACAUCGUGCAGGAUCAUGAACGUUUUCAGACUUACCGGCGAUCUCUCCCACCUAGCAGCCAUCAUCAUCCUGCUGCUAAAAAUAUGGAAAACCAGGUCUUGUGCCGGUAUUUCUGGAAAGAGUCAGAUCCUGUUUGCUUUGGUGUUUACCACUCGCUACCUGGACUUGCUCACUUCCUUCAUUUCCCUCUACAACACUACCAUGAAGGUCAUCUACAUUGGAUGUGCAUACGCCACUGUGUACCUGAUCUAUGUCAAGUUCAAGGCUACGUAUGAUGGUAACCAUGACACCUUCAGAGUGGAGUUCCUGGUCGUGCCCGUUGGAGGCCUGGCUUUCUUGGUUAACCAUGAUUUCUCUCCCUUGGAGAUCCUGUGGACAUUUUCGAUCUACUUGGAGUCUGUGGCCAUCUUGCCUCAGCUUUUUAUGAUCAGCAAGACAGGCGAGGCCGAGACCAUCACCACCCACUACCUGUUCUUCCUCGGGCUCUACAGAGCCCUCUACCUCAUCAACUGGAUUUGGCGCUUCUACUUCGAGGGCUUCUUUGACAUGAUUGCCAUUGUCGCCGGGGUGGUGCAGACCAUCCUAUACUGCGACUUCUUCUAUUUGUAUGUAACAAAAGUACUGAAAGGAAAGAAGCUGAGUCUGCCAGCUUAAGUGCCAAAGAGAAGUGUUUUGGCAGACUCACAAAGAGGAGGAAUGGGGGUCAGCACAGGACAUCGCUGCACCUCCUCUUGACCCUUCCUCCUCCCCUCGCUUCAGUGUAAGAUGCCUGAGACAGAGAGCGAAAGGGAGCUGCUGACAGGAGGCCCUGCACCUUCUUUUGACCAUAAUGAAUGGAGUCAGAAUCUGCAGAGGCCAUCCCAUGGCCUUUGGAUUUCUGUUUGACGCAUCUUGCCUUAACUUUUUUUAUUACCAGAUCUGUAUAAAGGAAGAAAAAGUAAGAGGUUUUCUACAUAAAAUGUGUACUCAAAGAUUUGACACUCAUCAGUGAAUAGAAGAUGAAAAUGUAAAUCUGCCUUUGAUUUGGCAUUGGAUGAUAUUGGAGCGGACUUCUUGUGGUGGGAUAUUGAGUCAGGCAUUAAUGUGCAUUGUUUUUUUUUCUGAAUUGAUUUGGGGGGGGUGGGGGGUAUGUUCGAUCCCCAUAACUUUGGCUGGCAAUCUUUCUUUCAAAAAAAAUUUCAAUAAUUUUCUUGAUCUUUAUGGCCCCGUUUACAUUCCUGUGUACAAAUAAGGCUGUCUGCAUUGGUUUUCCAAUGCUUUUUGUCAGUGUAGAUUUCAUAUAAAUGACCUGACUUUUGAUUUUAUUUUUUACUGAGUUUAAGUGUAACUCUGAAUUAUGUUUUAGUGCUGAUGCCUCCAAAGAAAUUCUUCUUGUUCACUAGAAUGGGUUGCAUUUACUUUUUUUGUGUCCCUUCAUGAGUUAAAUAGAAUGCUUAUUAGGAAAGGUUCAAAACACCUACUGUUUGAGAGCCGUGACACAGAAGUGAAAGCAAAGGAUUGAAAAGUGCCCCAAUGCAUCUUCAUUGCUGUAAAUGGCUUUCUUCAUUUGAAUUUCCCAUUCAUUACCCAAGGUUGGUGGUGCCUGUAAUUAUAUUUAAUUACUCUGCUCUCUCAGUGUUUUAAAUGAGUAAAAUCACUGGUAACGUACUCUAUGUGGAUUAUUACUGCAGAAUUAUUUAAAAUCGUUCUUAGGUGCAGGAUCUCAAUAACGAUGUCCGUAGAAUUGCCUACAUGACAUGUAACUUUAAGAAUCAGUAAUUGUCUCUGUGUUUGUCUUGGACAUGAGUCUAAGUCAAUGAGUACAUUCAAUUCAGAAAUGGUUGGACAUAUCUGCCCUUUGUGUUUAUUUUUCCAUGCAGCUCAUUCUCAAUUUCCUUUUUUUUUUUCCCCUCACGGAGCUUUUUGCAUGACGUUGCCACCACAAAUAAAAACUUUAUUGGGAACAUUUGACUCUGGAUUUGUGGUCAUAAUAAAAUUAA